CAGAUGUUUACCUCGUUGAAAAAAUGACUGCUUCCAACAGUUUGGACCAGAAAUAACGGUAUUUUAGUUGCUAUGUACACAAACAUUUCGCGACGCACUGAGAAAAGGACAUCGGAAGGAACAAGACAUGUGAAAGAUAAGAGUUUCGUAUUGCUCAUGUUUCCGGAGGACUCAAAUUCUCUUGCAAACGCUUUACGCGCCAAAUUUGUUACCAUUGGACUGGGCUUCUCAGAAGUUGUUUGUCAACUAUCAACAAAAAAUGCCUAUCUUCACUGUCUUUCACAGAGUAAAAAGAACACUCCGUUUGGAGGACAAUGACAACCAGACACCAGCCAAGAGACCUGCACCAGACAGGAACUACUCUCCAUUGACUGGUACCUGCCAGAUGAGUCCAAGUGCAGCUCCCCAAGCUGGUAAAGCCAAAGCCAGAGGGAAAACUGCUAAUUCCCAUAAACCACAAGUGCCACAGACGGAAGUGGAAAUACUACAUGCCAUCAGCUCUAAACUGGAAGCAUCAGUUGGAGCAUUUAUCAAGGCAAGGCAAGAGCUGAAGAAAAUAGUGGCUGCAGAGGGCAGCAGUGAGCUGAAGAGUUUCUUUUCAAGGGGCUCUGCUGACCUGAAGACCGAACUGAGGAGGCACAGAGAACUUGCAUCCAAAGCAGAGUCCUGCCUCGGUGUGAAUGGUGCUGGCCAGAGCCAUUUGCAAGGCGUUGUCCAGACUGGCAGCUCCUCUGAUUUCCUGAAAUCCAUAAUGGCCUUAUAAAGGUUUAUGCUUAGGGAGCCGCUCAACUCAACUCUCAACAGACUGACGGCAGAUGGAAUAGCAACUCUGCCUUCUCUCACGCGGUGGUGUACAUGUUUCCUCUUCGGAGACGGCUGGGUGAUGAAUAUAGAAUCUAAGCUGUCAUUUGUGAGGUAGAGGGAUGUCUCGGAGGCUGCUUGUCAGUCAUUGGGGGGAAUGUGUCAAAGUAAAAUGCCUUAAACAUCAGACAGGUUUACGCCGAGCCCUCACCGCUGACAAAUGUUGACUCUACAAUAACUGCCGCUAUACAGUGCUGAGAAAAUGUUCUUUCAGUGAGCGAACUCCCUCGUCCCAUUAGACUUGACGCUAUAUGAAAUCCACCCCCCACCAUGUCCUCUAGCUACCUCGAAAGGUGAAGGAGACUGGAAUAUAGGCUCUGAGAGGCUAGUGAACACACACACACUUCAUUCUUUGGCUCUAUUUGGCUGUGCCAGGGAAGGCAGGGGGCCUCUUACAGCCUGAGCAACCUAAGCAACAGCUGGUGCGCACAGACACAUUUCCUAUUUCUGCCCAAGGUGGAUCAUGUAACUCUCACUUUAUCAGCCUUGGAGGCCGUGUGAAGGACAAAGCGAGCACGUCCAUAAACAAAACUAAUGUUUUCAUACUGGCCCUCUGGAGGUGAGAGAGGGGACCCUUGGCGGUGUUACACCCACCACCCCUCCUGCUACUUCAACCCACCUUGCCUCCUACCCCCAUCACCUUAGACCUCUACCCCACUAACCCUUUCCUCCUAGAGGGUCCCACUCUCCCUGGGUCUCACCACGUCCCGUCGCCAGCCCUCAACUCUUCAUUUGACUGGUGCAUGAAGCGGAUGCGGCAAUGACGUUACCUGUGACUCGUUCUCCCUGUCCCAACUGACACAAACUUCUACAGAUGUGUUAAACUGGAGCAUCGGUACAUUGCCACAAGCAACCCAUCUGUCUAGAGACUACCUUCCUCCCAGUUGAUCCACGGUAGUAAUUUUAAAGCCACAGGCCUCUGGUUGUCCCACCCUUCGUGUUAUAGGAUGCAGGGCCAGGCCAGCGGCUGCAGAUAUACAGCGUAGCAGCGGCCCUCAGUGACCCGAUAACAUUUAUAGUAGUAAUGGAUUUUUUUUUAAAUGGCUGUCAUUAACUCACAGGCAGAGAGGGGAAAGAUUGCUUGUACUGUUUUUCUUCUGUGGUAUUUCAGCUUUAUGACAUUAUGUUCAGAUAUGUCAUCUUCCAUCAUCCUUGUUUUAGGGCCUGUCUGACCUGCCACUGCUUUUUUGUGUUAAAAUGCAUAGUGCUUUGUGGACUCCUUGUUUUCCAAUUGGCUCAUUAAUCCCCCUUCCUCUCCCCUGUAACUAUUCCCCAGGUCGUUGCUGUACAUGAGAAUGUGUUGUCAACUUACCUGGUAAAAUAAAAUUGUGUCUAGGUGUUGUAAUGAAUAUUGUUUUAAGCUAAAUUAAAUGGUUGGAAGACA